GUAAGAGAGUGGUAUAGACCAUGCUACAUUCGAACAAAAAGAUGCAGUGGAAUGUAACCACAAAGAUGGCGGAGUAUAAUCCAUCACAUGUGAUGUCUUCAUCUGUGAAUGGGCAAUAUAAGACUUUGCCUUCAAUAAACAUCGGUGGUUUCGAUGUUAGAUUUAUAUCGCUUAAAUCAGACAGUCUAGCUUAUUUACCAGAGAGUGUUAACACGGACUAUGGCCGCUUGUUGUUUCUGGGCUCAGACUUACUUCCGGUGCUUGGAACCUUUGUCCUCAGAUCAAAUCAGGUCCGAGUACAUCAGAGGUUUGCCAAAAUUGGACUGGCAACCAGAAGAUACUUGAAGGGUACUCACAAUGAGUCUUCUUGUUUUAAGGUGUCUGGCGUGCCCAACAGUAAGGUGAUCUACUUCUACAGCAUUCAGGGAGUGUUCAGAGUUGUGUUUGAGUUCGGCAGCAACCACAUGCAACGGGAUUGCCUUCAGAAACUAGCACAACCCUGGUUGUCAGCAUUUGAUGAACCGCUAUUGCAACCAGAUGGAGAAAUUGCCUUUAAAUCUGACGCUUUACCUAAUUAUAGCAGCAUAUUCAAACUGUCUAACAAAACAGAGGUGGGGCAAAAUACCCAACCACCCUAUACAGAUAUAGGGCCAAAAACCCAGCCACUCCAUACAGAGGAAGGGCCAAAUACCCAACCAAUCCAUACAGAGGUGGGGCCAAAUACCAAACCUCUCCAUACAGAGGUAGGGCCAAAUACCCAACCACUUCAUACAGAGGUUUGGCCAAAUACCAAACCACUCUAUACAAAGGUGAGGCCAAAUAACCAACCACUUCGUACAGAUGUGGAGCAAAGUACCCAAUCCCUUGGACAUAGCUCUUUACCAUCUGAGAACAGGAAUAGUGAUCAUGCUGUUUGUAUGGACUAUCUGGAUUCCUUUGAAGUGAAAGAUGGAAAACCAAAAGGGAGAAGAAUGUUGGAUCUAAGCGAGGUUUGUCCUUGUCCAGGCCAUAAUUCAUCUGAUACCCAAGUAAAUGGUAAAAAUGUGGAAACUUACAAAACAAUUGUCCACACAAUGAAUGAAAACAUUGGCCACCUAUCAGUACAUCAGCCAAGAAUAGCUCAUCUUCAUAGAACAUGUAUUCAGUAUAUUCAGUAUGUUUUAAAGCAGCCAUCACCUGACAGUAUGUUAGUUCUGUUCCAUAUAAUGGAAGAGUUUAUGGAACAUCAAUUAGAUGGCGCAGACAUUAGGAAUCAUGAUAGCUCAUAUGGAAUGGAUGAAAACCAUUUCUCUUUAAUGUGUAUUAUGUGUACAAAGGUAGGGGAGGAGUUUAACAAAGUAAGGCCAUUUAUCAAACAGAAAGCGGACACAUUCAAACAGGAGAAUCUUCUGAGACUCAAUGAACUUCCAUCAAGCAUUGAAAUCAUAGACCAGCUCUUUCCUUCAUUCAUGGUUAGCCUUGUUGUGAACUGGGUCAGAGAGACCCAAACAGCCUGUGAGCGCGACCAUACGUACACAGAGGGUGAGGGCGGGGCUGACCUAGAUAUUCAGAGGGAGGCCAAGCAAGUGCAGCUGAUUCUGGAACUAUGCACAGGAAGCCUUAUCUCCUCAUUGGCUCAUCUGGUGCAGUACCAGUGCAGUAAACAGAAAUGAGCACUAGAACAAGGUUUAAAACAGUUGUGUAUUGUUUUCAAAGGGGAAUAAAUAUUGAAUGUUCAA